AUGGCCCGGGGCCCGGGGGCCGCCGUGGGGCUGGCGCUGCUGGGGCUGGGGCUGGCCCUGGCCAUCAUCGUGCCGGCCGCCGUGGUCCUGUCCCGCCAGCACGCCCCCUGCGGGCCCCACGCCUUCGCCCGCGCCGCGGUGGCCGCCGACUCCAAGGUCUGCUCGGACAUCGGACGGGCCAUCCUGCAGCAGGGGGGCUCGCCCGUGGACGCCGCCAUCGCCGCGCUGGUCUGCACGGGCGCCGUCCACCCGCAGAGCAUGGGCCUGGGCGGUGGCGUCAUCCUCACCGUCUACAACGCCAGCACCGGACAGGUGGAGGUCAUCAAUGCCAGGGAGACGGUGCCCGCCCGCCACGCCCCGGGGCUGCUGGACCAGUGCGAGCAGGCGCUGCCUCUGGGCAGAGGCGCGCAGUGGGCCGGCGUGCCCGGGGAGCUGCGGGGCUAUGCCGAGGCGCACCGCCGGCACGGCCGGCUGCCCUGGGCGCGGCUGCUCCAGCCCACCAUCGCGCUGCUCCGCCGCGGCCGCCGCACGCCGCCCGUGCUCAGCCAGUUCCUGCGGCACCGCCUGCUGCGCCCGGUGCUCCAGGGCUCCUCCCUGCGGCAGCUCCUCUUCAACGGCACGGAGCCCCUGGGGCCCGAGGACCCGUUCCCCUGGCCCGCGCUGGCCGCCACGCUGGAGACGGUGGCCCGGGAGGGCGCCGAGGCCUUGUAUUCGGGGCGGCUGGGCCGGACGCUGCUGGAGGACAUCGCCCGGGAAGGCAGCCAGCUGACCAUGCAGGACCUGGCCUCCUUCCAGCCCGAGGUGGUGGCCGCCCUGGCCGUGCCCCUGGGGAACUACACCCUGUACUCCCCGCCGCCGCCCGCGGGGGGCGCAAUUCUCAGCCUCAUCCUCAACGUGCUCAAAGGGUUCAACUUCUCCGCGGAGGCGGUGGCCACGCCCGAGGGCCGCGUGGCCUUGUGCCACCACCUGGUGGAGGCCUUCAAGUUUGCGGGGGGGCAGCGGUGGCGGCUGUGGGACCCGCGGAGCCACCCCGCGGUCCAGAACGCCUCCCUGGACCUGCUGGGGGAGGCCCUGGCCAAGCACAUCCGCCAGCAGAUCGACGCCCGCGGCGACCACCCGCCCAGCCACUACGGCCUGGCCGGGCCCUGGGGCCACAGGACGGGCACCGCCCACGUGUCCGUGCUGGGGGCCGACGGCAGCGCCGUGGCCGCCACCAGCACCAUCAACACGCCCUUCGGGGCGAUGGUGUACUCCCCCCGGACGGGCAUCCUCCUCAACAAUGAGCUGCUGGACCUGUGCUGGAGGCGCAGGCCGGGCGCCAAGGGACCCCCUCCACCCGUUCCAGGGGAGCGGCCCCCCUCCUCCAUGGUCCCCUCCAUCCUGGUCAACGCGGCCCAGGGGUCCACACUGGUGGUCGGCGGGGCCGGCGGGGAGCUCAUCAUCUCCGCGGUGGUGCAGGUCAUCGUGAACAAGCUGUGGCUCGGCCUGGACCUGGGCGCAGCCAUCGCGGCCCCCAUCCUGCACGUGAACGACAGGGGCCAGGUGGAGUUCGAGCCCGGCUUCCCGCAGGAAGUGCGGCAGGACCUGGCGGGCCGGGGCCAGCAGCCGGCCAGGAGGCAGUUCUUCCUGAACGCGGUGCAGGCCGUGUUCCGGGACGGCGCCUGCGUGGAGGCCGCCUCGGACCCCAGGAAGCACGGGGAGGCCGCCGGCUACUGA